AUGGCACAGCAAAGGGCGCAACGCAUGCCCAUCCACAAUCCACAGGACAACGAUGAGUUCACAUCGUUGGUAGACCAGCAAGGGUGCGGCAAGUUGUAUUGGCACCUGGAGGAUUGCAUGAACAAGAACGAACGUAAUCUUAUCACCUGUUCGAAGGAGAUGAGCGAUUGGCGAAAGUGCUACAACGAAUUCAAGGCGCAGGAGCAAUCCGGGCCAGCACAACCGCAGCAAAGCGAACGACGCACGUAG